GGGCUAUCCUAUAUAAUACAGCCAAAGGAUCUGCGGCUUCGAAGAGCUUGCAGUGCAGAGAGAAAGAGCCAAGGCGAACUGGGACGGGAGGAUUUAAGGAACAUGGCCACUUGAAGAAGAAAAAAGGAAGAAGAAAUUAUACCCACAAACAGGGUACUGCAGAGAUUUUUAUUCUCCUUUUUUGUUUUUGUUUUUGUGUUUGUUGUGCAGUGUCAACAAUGGAUGCCGUCAGAAACAGAGGGCCUUUCAGGGUUUCUGUUUGUGGUCAAGAAGAGCUUGAGCAACUCUCCAGAGAUGGCAGUCAGUUUAGCCUCAGCACUGGGAUAUUGCCCUCUCUUGGCGCUAGAAGCAAUCGCAGAGUCAAACUCCGGCGUUUUGUCAUUUCGCCUUAUGAUCAUCGAUACAGGAUUUGGGAGACUUUUCUCGUUGUUUUGGUGGUAUAUACAGCUUGGGUCUCGCCAUUCGAGUUUGGAUUCCUUAAGAAACCCCAAUCUCCACUUUCCAUUACAGAUAAUGUGGUUAAUGGAUUUUUUGCUGUGGAUAUUGUUCUCACAUUCUUUGUGGCUUACCUCGAUAAAUCCACUUAUUUACUUGUCGACGAACCGAAGAAGAUUGCUCUUAAGUAUGCAAGUUCAUGGCUAGUCUUUGAUGUCAUAUCCACAAUUCCUUCUGAACUUGCACAUAAGAUCUCCCCUUCACCUCUCCGUUCUUAUGGAUUAUUCAACAUGCUUCGUCUAUGGCGUCUUCGAAGAGUCAGUGCUCUUUUUUCCAGACUGGAAAAAGAUAGGAACUAUAAUUACUUUUGGGUUCGAUGUGCAAAACUCGUUUGUGUUACUCUGUUUGCGGUUCACUGUGCUGCAUGCUUCUAUUAUCUCCUUGCUGCUCGUUAUCAUGACCCAAAAAGGACAUGGAUUGGAGCAUCUAUGGAGAACUUUCUUGAGCAAAGUUUGUGGAUUAGAUAUGUCACUUCGAUUUACUGGUCUAUCACUACCCUAACCACUGUCGGCUAUGGCGACUUGCAUCCUGUGAAUACAAGGGAAAUGGUUUUUGACAUCUUCUACAUGCUUUUCAAUCUUGGUUUGACAGCAUACUUGAUUGGAAAUAUGACCAACUUAGUCGUCCAUGGGACCAGUAGAACUAGAAAAUUCAGGGAUACCAUACAAGCUGCAUCUAGUUUUGCCCACAGGAAUCAACUUCCUGUUCGUUUGCAAGACCAAAUGCUUGCACAUUUGUGUCUAAAGUUCAGAACUGACUCUGAGGGAUUGCAGCAGCAAGAAACACUCGAUUCCUUGCCGAAAGCCAUCCGAUCAAGCAUUUCACAUUAUCUUUUCUAUUCUCUAGUGGACAAGGUCUACUUGUUUCGUGGUGUUUCAAAUGACCUAAUUUUUCAACUGGUUUCGGAAAUGAAGGCAGAGUAUUUUCCUCCAAAAGAAGACGUGAUUUUACAAAAUGAAGCCCCAACAGACUUCUAUAUUCUUGUCACGGGUGCUGUGGAUUUGCUUGUUCUUAAGAAUGGAGUUGAACAGGUUGUUGGAGAGGCUAAAACUGGUGAACUUUGCGGAGAAAUUGGGGUGUUAUGUUACAGGCCACAACUGUUUACUGUCCGUACAAAACGAUUGAGUCAGUUGCUGCGUCUGAAUCGAACGGCUUUCCUGAAUAUUGUUCAAUCUAAUGUUGGUGAUGGGACUAUAAUCAUGAACAAUCUUCUUCAGCACUUGAAAGACGUCAAAGACAAGGACCCCAUCAUGGAAGGAGUUUUGUUGGAGACAGAGAACAUGCUAGCUAGAGGCAGAUUGGACCUACCACUUAGUCUUUGCUUUGCAACACUUAGAGGUGACGACUUGCUUUUACACCAACUUUUGAAAAGAGGUCUCGAUCCAAAUGAAUCAGAUAACAACGGGAGGACUUCACUUCAUAUAGCAGCAUCAAAAGGAAACGAGAACUGUGUGCUUCUAUUACUGGACUUUGGAGCGGAUCCCAACAGUAGAGAUUCAGACGGGAUUGUGCCAUUAUGGGAGGCGAUACUAGGUGGCCAUGAGGCAGUAGUGCAGCUACUUAUAGACAAUGGUGCUAAUCUCCGAUCAGGAGAUGUGGGUCACUUCGCGUGUACUGCCGCAGAGCAAAACAACCUCCAGUUGCUCAAAGAGAUUCUCCGAUAUGGCGGAGACGUUUUGAGUUCCAGGAACAAUGGAACGACUGCUUUACAUGUUGCUGUUUGUGAAGACAACAUUGAGAUUGUCAAGUUCCUUCUUAAACAAGGAGCUGAUAUUGACAAACCAGAUGUCCAUGGAUGGACUCCAAGAGAUCUAGCAGACCAACAGGGACAUGAAGAAAUUAAAAACCUCUUCCAGACAAUAAAAGAAUUGAAAACUCAAUCUGUCGUUGCCAUUCCCGAGAAGCAGAAAGCGAUUCGCUUCCUUGGAAGAUUUACAAGCGAGCCUAUGAUUCUUCCUUCACCUCAGGAAGGAAAUGAUGGUUCAUGGGCGGGUCAAUCUCGUCCACGACGUAGGACUAACAACUUCCAUAACUCAUUGUUUGGAAUCAUGUCAGCAGCACAUACAGGCGAGAAAGACAUGAGUUUUGCUGAUCACCAAACCAGAGGAGAGAAAUCUGGAACCAACCCAGCAAGGGUGAUAAUCAGCUGUCCAGAGAUUGGCGAAGUAGCUGGGAAGGUAGUGCUGCUUCCAGAAAGCUUCAACGAGCUGCUUGAGAUUGGUUCCAUGAAAUAUGGGAUUAUGGCUUCAAAGGUAUUGAACAAAGAUGGAGCUGCCAUUGAAGAUAUAGAGGUCAUUAGGGACGGCGAUCAGCUUAUUUUUGUCAGCAAUGGAGGAACCAUAUAAUUUCUUCCUUUUUGUUACGUUUUCUGUUUCGUUUUGGAUCACUGAAAGCCAAUUGUAAACGAAAGAGAAACACUACUGGAUUAGAUAGGGAAGGUUUGCAAAGUGCAAAACAUGUAUAUAGUGGCAAAUUUGAAUGCAUCCUAUCAUUUUGACACCAAAACUAGUGGUGGAGAA